AUGAUUUCCGACCUUCCCUGUGAGUUAGAAACAGAAAUACCCUCUAGGGUUCCACCCAAGUCUCUAGCAAAACUGCAAACCACUUGCAAACGAUGGUACGUUUUAUUCAAAGAUCCAAAAUUCGUGAAGAAGAACUCGGACAAGGCAGCGAAAGAGGUGAUCUUACAUAUGGACUUUAGGGUUCAUUCAGUGAACCUCAAUCUCCAAGGAGCCCACCAAGGUGCUUAUCCAUUGAUGAAGUCUACAGGAAAACUUAGGCGUCUAAAGGAUUUGAAAGACCUAAUAAUAUCUGGAAUAUAUCACUGCGACGGGUUGGUAUUAUGCUCCACGGAGAAAAACAAAAGACUUGUGGUUUGGAACCCAUGUACUGGUGAAACCAAAAGUAUCAAACAAAGAAAUUGUUACAAGGGUAAUAACAUGUAUGGAUUUGGAUACGGAAAGAGUGAAUCUUCUUCCGUCCGUAGCUACAAAAUCUUGUGGUCUACCUUUCUUUAUUCUGAGAUGUAUGAGUUUAGUUCUGAUUCAUGGAGGGUUCUUGAUGAACACGGUAAUAAAGAGUGGAGGCGUUAUUCUGACGUGUCGUUGAAAGGAAAUACUUACUGGAUUGCUACAGAUGGAGAAGUUGGCUUUCCCUAUAUACUAUGCUUUGAUUUCACAACGGAGAGAUUUGUAUCUUUCACUCUUCCCCAUGAGAGUGGUGAUUUUCAUGAUAGAGAGGCUCUAUCGGUUGUUAGAGAAGAACAACUCGCGGUGUUACUUUAUGAUUUUAAUGCGUUGUUUCCACCACACACUACAAGAAAACACGUUAAUACUGAGAGAUUUUUUUCUCGGUAUGUCGUCGGAAUACCGAGAAAAAAAUUGGUCAAAGAUGACCCUUCAGAUAAUGUCCAGGUUCAUCCGAACCAGAUGGAUGCACGGGGUAAAGAUAAGGACGCCUACGGGACUGUCCGGAUGGUCUGCCGGAUGAGAAUGCAUGUCCGUCUUGGGUUUCCUCACGACCCAAGUUAA